UUCAAGGUUGGAAAUGUAUUCAAAAUCUUGUGGGCAGAGCCAACAGGUACCAACGGAACGCAGCUCUCGGAUUUAGAGCCUGUGCAUUCUCAUUCGCGUAAGUACAAGGAAACAUUUGUCCACAAGAUUCGCCGUUUCGUAGUGGUGAAAUGUUUCACCGCCCAUUGUGUCUGCCUGCCUAUCAAGACCUACGGAGGCCAAGGGACGAGGAAGGCUGGAGCUCAAGCACUACAUCACGCAGUGAUCUAUUCCGGCAAGGAGGUCGUGGACAAGGGUGAAAACCUCAUCAAAAAAGCAGUCAGGGUCGAAAUGUCCAGCCCGAGGGAAAAGCUUGACUCAGCUUCUCGGAUCAAUUAUGCGAGGGUCUAUACUAUCGAGUAUAACGUGAAAGUGUUAUUUAUCGGCAGGGUCAUUAAAAAU